UUUUGUUUUUCCUCUCACAUUUUCUGAUUAUGGACAAAAUCCAUUCCCACAGGCAGGUAGCUGUUAUCAAACACUCCCUCUUCGAUCAGGUAUGUAUGUUCAUGUUUUCCAAUGUUAACCAAACAUAUAUAUGUUAUUCUGUGCUGGCUUACACGUUGUUAAUUACAAAGAAAGGAUUGAUUUGAAUAGUUGAAUGAGGAUCCAAUGAUUGCAGGGAUAUUUGGAUGAGCAGUUUAUCCAACUGGAAGAAUUGCAGGAUGAUGCUAAUCCUAACUUUGUUGAGGAAAUUGUUACUCUUUACUACCGUGAUUCUUCUAGGCUUAUCUCAAACUUGGACCACACACUGUAACUUACUUAACCAACCUCGUCAUACUUUGAGUCUUACAGAUUUUAUAUGUUUCUGCAUGUUCUCUGCUUCUGUUUUAUUUAUAUUAUCAAAAUAUGUUGGUGUCAUUCAUGACAGGGAAAGGAACCCUCUGGAUUUCAACAAGCUGGACACAAUUAUGCACCAGUUUAAAGGAAGCAGCUCAAGUAUCGGAGCUAAAAAGGUGAAAGCGGAAUGCACUCUGUUUAGGGAAUAUUGCAGGACAAGAAAUGGAGAAGGAUGCAGGAGGAGCUUCCAACAAAUGAAGAAAGAAUAUGCAAUACUGAGAAAGAAGCUUGAAACAUAUUUUCAGGUGAGUGAGGAUAUAGUGUGGAAUUUGUGUUCAUGUUUGUUGAGUUUGGGAGUGUGGUAGACUAAAUGCUUCGUUUUGUUUGUGCAGAUGGCAAGGCAAGCUGGGCCCAAAGAGACAGCAUUUCGGCCCAAGUAAAGAGCUUGCAAUGAGAAAGAUGUGCUUUUCAUGAGGGAAAAUGUAAUUGGUGAAUUUUGUAACUAAGAUAAAUGCAUAUUCACCACUUUAGGAAAGGCUAUAUCACCCGUUUUGGGGUACUAUGCAUAUGUUUCCAAAUGUUAAGAAAAGGAAUCUUUUUUCUAAAGUUCUA